AUGGGUGUCCAGAGAAAAAUCAUUACCCGCGGUAGCGGCCCCUCGCCUGCUUCGGGUGACAAAGUGUCCAUCCACUACACUGGCUGGCUCUACGAUGCCAAGAAAGCCAGCAAGGGCUUCCAGGGCAAGCAGUUUGAUAGCUCCAGGACCCCCGGCCGUGGUCCUCUGAAUGUUCAGAUCGGUAUCGGACAGGUCAUCAAAGGCUGGGAUGAGGGUGUGAUGGAGAUGAGUGUGGGCGAAAAGUCCACCCUGACUAUUACUCCUGACUACGGCUACGGCGACAAGGCGGCUGGCAAGAUUCCCGCGGGAUCCACCCUGGUCUUCGAGGUUGAGCUCCUCAAGAUCAACUAGAUUAGCAGUAAAGAAGCACCCAUUUACCCCUUACGCUACUACCUCGUCCUAUGUAGACAUCCAGCCAGUCUGGAUUAUAGUAGGCGAAAUGAUGGUGAUGGUUCACCACUAGACAUGGUAGGAAUCAGUAUCUCUUAACAUAUAUAGAUAGAUGAUAUUAUAUAGAAUAGAAAUCUCC